UGGGGACACGCACACCCAACCAGGAUAUGCUGCAUGUACGCGUACUGGCGGCUCUCCUGGCAGCAUCCACCGCGUUGCGAAAAGAUACCGUCGCAUUCAAGGUCAAAUUGCCCCUGCGUUCCUCGCCGUUGCGAUCGCCGAGGCCUCCUGGUGCUGCUGCAUCACUGGCAGGAGAACAGCAGCAUGUUGUUCAACCCAACAGCGGGCGGAGACGGCCGGCAACAAGCAUGUCUCUCCUCCGCACCUUCGAAGCGAGCGAGCUCCAGCUCCAGAGGUUUAUCGGAGAGCUGGGGUUCGUGGAGAUCACCGACUGGGAGUACAACCGCCAGACGUCGCCGGUGGACCCUUCGACGCCUUCGAGAACCCUCAACUCCUCGGGCACAACCGCGAGGCUGUUCGAGGCCAGAACCUACGGCAACGCCAAGGUAGUCCUCAAGGAGUUCCUGCCCAAGGGUCUCAAGCUGGCCUACAGGGAGAUCGAGAUCAACGACCGGCUGCAGGACGCGUGGGACCAAAAGAACGGCCCUGGCGGGCGCCCCCCCGUGCUCGCCCUGAUGGGGAGCCUUGUCGCCGAUGAGUCCUUCAAGAGCAGGCGGUUCCUGGAGCAGUGGGUCUCCAAGUUUCCGUCGCUGCCGGUGCCGGCGAUAGGGAGCGUCUGGCUGGUGUACCGGUGGGAGGGACUGUACACGUUCGCCAGCUUCCCCCCUGCCAAGCAGGAGUCGGAGUUGUUCGACGCGUUCAACCCCACUGCCAGGACGAAGCGAAGGGCUGCCUUCGUGAAGCAGAUGAUGAGAGGUGCGACCAACGCCCUGGCUUUCAUGCACGAAUCGGGGGUCGUGCACCGGUCCUUGGGGGCGCCGAGCCUCCGAGUUAACACCCUCGACGAGCGAUAUCCAAGGCAGCUGGAAGUCCUGCUGUCAGACUUUGGGUUUGCUACUCGACUGUCGGAGAUCGAUGACGAAACCAUCCGAAGGGCGAGCUCGUCGGGGGCAACGUCACCGUUCGCAGUGUCGGACUUCCUCUUCCGGGAGGACCUCUACUCCCUCGGGUACGUCUUCCUAGAGCUAGUCUUCGGUGCGUUCUGUGACGACAAGUCCAAGCGGCCGGACCAAAACUCCCUGAAGCGGCUUCUCGAGGACAUCUUCAAGGGGGAUUUCAAGGCCUUUAAGGACUACUGCUUGACGGAGCCCGCAUGGGAGCCGGCGGUGGAAGUCCUCGACGCAGAUCGGGGAAGCGGGUGGGGGCUAGCCACGGCCCUGCUACAGGCGAGGGGCACGGCAGCGUCGAACUUUGACAGGGGGGGGUACGGCGGCGACUACGACUAUGAAGAAGAGAGUGCUCCGGAAGGGGGCCCCGGGGAUGUGAAGGAGGUGUCCAUGUCGAUGGCCAGCACGCGCGGGGUCUUGUCCCUGCCGUACUUCACCGACGCGCAGCGAUGAGAGAUGUAGGGGCGGAUCGCCCCUACCAAGGUUGCGUACGAUACCACAGUCCCCUCUGGACCGGAUUUCAAAGCUUGGUUGCUCUGCAGCGAAAAACAGAAGCGACUUCAGCUGUGUAUCGUUGGAACCGUCCACAGCUUGCCGAAAACAUAAAUAUCUUCGUUUAGUGUUAGUACCCUCUUUGUUUUGGUACAUGUGGUUUGAAAUUCGGUCCAGGGGGGGUGGUGUCUUGGUCGGAUAUUAUUUUGUGCAUGAGCGAAGCGUCGACUUGUUCGUGGACUGAUGUCAUCCUAGCUUAUUGUUUUUGUUGCUCACCUUUUUUUUUUCUGGGUUGUUGAAGAAUGCCUCUUCGUCCCUUGACUUGGCCGAGCUUUUGACACGAUCUCCGUCUAAUCCCUCAUCGACUGAACUCCAAUGGAUGAAGUUAGCUCGGUUGUUUGUUUUUUGGUAUCUGUCGUCCGGGCUGCCGCCUCUCAGGGGACGUGCCAUCGCUUACACGCGCGGGUCGGUUGUUCGGUUGUUAUACCCACGCACAAGUCACUUGUUUAUCUUGGAGAGUUCCCCUCUCGUGCGUUUUCGUGCUGUCGGGGGGUGGGGUACGCACGUCGACGAGACAAGGUGUCGUGUGCCUUUAGCUGUGAGAGCUCGCAUUAAGUGAUUGUUCUUGGUGGCAGCGAAGCUAACGGAAGCUUUCACUGGUGACUCCUUUAUUUACUGGUUGCGCAGGCGAGGCGGUAUAAAUAUGAAUAUGACGGAGGCGGUGGCGGUGGUUGCGACGUUGCUUGUGGUCAACGUGAUAAAAGGGAUGCGGGGGAGGUCGGAAUGGAAAGAUACUAGAAGACUGUGCCCAAAUCUUCGGACCAGUGGGUGUUCCCGAG